AUGUUCAAGAGAACGCUGUUCGUUUGUCUUCAGGCCCUUUUAAUUCAGGGUUUUUCUGCACAAUGUUUGGGACCUUACAAUGGAUAUGCAGCUGACGAUUUAGCUUGGACAGCUGGCAAUCCUUUAGCCUGGGAUAAUGGUUGGUCCGCCUCUAACCCUCUUGCGCUGGAAUCAGUGGCAGCUUUAGGUGCAGCAGCUCCUUGUGCUUCUGCUGUUUAUGCUGCCGGAGCCGGUCCUAACUAUUCCGCCUUCCUUGCAUCACCUGCAUUUCUUAGCGCUUCUAAUGGAGGUGGUUUAGCUGUUACCAGUGCAUCGCCAAUAGCUGCCACUGGUGUGACUAUGACGUCUGAGAAUGCAUACGAAGGACCGUUGUCCGUUGCUGGCACUAUUCCAUUCUUGGGUGCUGUGGCUUUAGAAGGAGCUCUGCCGACUGAUGGUGCUGGGGCUGUCUCUUAUGCCUGUGGUAAUGGAAAUGUCGCUAUGAUCAACGAAGACUAUGCUGGUUACGGCGUGGGUCCUCUCGGUUUUGAAGCCGGUAUUUCCGCUCCAGCUUAUGGCUUGAACGGUUUAGCUGGACCAGUUGCGGAAGCUGCUCUUCCUGGAGCCGUAUUCGCAGCUGGAACUCGUUUUGGCGGAUGCGGUUGUGGUGCUACUUAUUAAAACAUAUCCCAGUAUUGAAUUGUAAUGCCUUAAUUCAUAUUCGAUUUGUAAUAAAACAAUUUUAGAUCAGAUUGCUUUUGAAUUUCCAAAAUUCUUACUUACAUACAUGUUUUAGAGAAAAACAGAAAAACUUUCAUAUUAUAUGUAUUGUGUGACAAAUAUAUGUUUAUAAUCCAACAUAGUUAAAUAGUUAGAUUCACAGUUACUGUCAAAAUAUAAAUAUAACGUGUG